AUGACCAGGUCUAUCCAAAAAGUAUGGGACAAGUACACAUUGCUGGCAGUUGGAACUUCCGUCCCAACUGUCCUUCCUGUAUUUAUCUACGGUACUGCCUGGAAGAAAGAGCGGACAGCAGGACUGGUCUACGACGCGAUAACUGCAGGAUUCCGAGCUAUCGACACUGCAGCACAGCCUCGUCAUUACCAAGAGCAUCUCGUGGGGGAAGGAAUCCAAAGAGUCAUUGCAGAGGGUAUCGUCCGCCGAGAAGACCUCUACAUUCAAACAAAAUUCAGUCCCAUAGCCGCACAGGAUCCGGAGAACAUGCCAUACAAUGCAGAGGCCUCCGUGACUGAACAAGUCCAUGCAUCGGUCAAGUCGUCGCUCUAUAAUCUUCGACCAUCACCUGAUCCACGCACCACAACAGAUACGUACAUUGACACUGUGGUUAUACAUUCGCCCUUGCAGACUCCAGAAGAGACUCAAGAGGCAUGGCAAGCCCUCGAAUGUUAUGUACCGCGCUAUAUUCGCAAUCUGGGCAUUUCUAAUUGCUCUGUUCCUGUGCUACGGGCCUUGUUCAAUGCUGCCACUGUGAAACCAGCAACUGUUCAGAAUCGAUUCUAUCCAGCCACAUCCUAUGACUCUGAGCUACGUGGAUUUUGUCUCGAAAAUCAGAUCAUAUAUCAGAGCUUUUGGACUUUGACAGCCAACCCGACCCUGGUGCGCUCUCGUCCUGUGCAGCAGCUUGCCGCUCAGGUGGGGAUCAGUGCACCAGCUGCACUCUACACCCUCGUGAUGGCCCUUGGAAAUACUUCCGUACUCAACGGAACCACGAAUAAGGCUCGCAUGAACGAAGACUUGGCAGCGCCCCUUGCUGUGAGCGAGUUUAUCCAGAAGCGACCGGAACUGUGGGCGCGACUUUCUGGGGAUUUCCAAGAAAUAGUGGGAGCCUAUCAAAGUAUGUAA